AUGCCCGAGGUCUUUGAUAUUCUCUGGGGAACUCCCAUCACCAGCCACGCCUGGAACCGUGACCGCAGCCAGGUUGCCGUCGUUCCCAACAACAACGAGGUCCACAUCUACGGCCAACGCGGCUCCGAGUGGGUGGUUCUUCAUGUGCUGAAGGAGCACGACAAGCUCAUUACCUCGGUCGACUGGGCUCCCAACUCGAACCGCAUCGUGACCUGCUCCCAGGACCGCAAUGCCUAUGUCUGGAGCUGGGACACGGCCACCUCCAGCUGGAAGCCCACGCUCGUGCUCCUGCGUAUCAACCGAGCCGCCACCUUUGUCCAGUGGUCGCCGGCCGAGAACAAGUUUGCUGUCGGCUCCGGUGCGCGCAUGAUCUGCGUUUGCUACUUUGAGGAGGAGAACGACUGGUGGGUCGCCAAGCACAUCAAGUCGCCCAUCCGCAGUACCGUCUUGAGUCUCCAGUGGCAUCCCGACAACAUCCAUCUCGCCGUCGGAUGCGCCGACAUGACCGCUCGCGUCUUUUCGACCAUCGUCAAGGGCAUCGACUCGGUCUCGGCUCCCUCCGUCUGGGGCGGCAAGUCCAAGUUCGGCACCCUCGUCAGCGAGUACAAGAGCCCUGCGAGCGGAUGGGUUCACAGCGUCGCCUUCUCGCCCAGCGGCAACGUCCUGGCUUUUGCCGGACACGACUCGUCCCUCAACAUCUCGUACGGCCCCCAGGAAGGCAUCGUCAGCAUCAACACCAACCAUCUGCCCCUGGUCUCGAUCCUGUUCAUCUCGGAGAACUACAUCGUUGGCUGCGGACACGACUGUGUCCCUUACCUCUACAGCAACCGCGGAGGCAACUGGGAGCUUGUGGACAAGCUCGACCAGGGCAAGAAGCGCCCCUCGGCCACCUCCAGCGGUAUCUUGAGCAGCCGUUUCCUGGCGAUGGACACUCGCGGCCAGGCCUCGACUGAGGUCGAGCUCAACAGCAACCACCAGAACACGAUCAAGACCACCCGUGUCUACGAGGCUACGGGCAACGCCGUCACCAAGUUCAGCACCACCAGCCUGGACGGCAAGCUCAUCAUUUGGGAUAUCCUGGCCUCGGGUCUGGCCAAGGUGCAGCUUUGAGCGGCCGGCGCUGAAGGAUUGGCGCGGUUUGAUCCGGAGCCAAAGACGGACAGAUCCACUGCCGUGCCCGGUUGGCGCCUGCCCAGGCUUGGUUUUGUUUGUUCCUGCCUUGCGUGGUCCUGCCUUGCGUGGUCCUGCCUUGCGUAGUCCUGCGUCUCCAGGCCAUGAAUACAGCGUCCGCAGAUGAAAUCAGA